UUCACGUCCAUGCUCAGAGUUCCUGCAUGGCUUUCCUCCUCUUCUAUCCCAAAGCCUUCUCUCGACUUUCUACUGAGGAGCAGCGGGUAGACGUACAGUAUAAAAUGUGACAACAUCCUCGUCUGCUUUUAGACAGGGACCGGCACAAGCUGGUGACCCGCAGCACUCCAGGUGACCAAGUUGUGCGAAACUACAGCAGCACACUACCUGUGAUAAUACUCUUGCCCCUGUCUCUCUGUACAAACUAUCAGAGCCUUCUAUGUUUAUCACAAUGAUAAUGCUGCGGAAUGAUAUCAUUUGCAGGGCAGCACUAUUCUGGAUGAUUGUAGUAUCCGCCAGUAAUGCUGAAUUGGACAAUGGAGAUUCACAAACCUCUGCAGCAUCAAACCAGUCGACUGAUUGUAUGCAAGCCUUCUUCCAACAGUCUGGAGUACGCAGGUCACAUGUCACUCAGUACGUUGCCAAUUUCCGACAAAAUGGCAUUGGACCAGAGGUUCUGUUUGACUUGAGGUUUGUGGACUUGGCUAGUAUCCUGCAAGACACGUUUGGCAUCACGUAUGCAGGUGAUACGUUCAGCAUCCAUACUUGUAUCACUGGUCGAGGUCGGUGUAUGGUGCAGCCUUUCUGCCAUAACGAGGGGACUUGUGUCUACAGUGACGUCACUAGACAACACCAUUGCAAGUGCAAGCACAAGUAUACCGGACCAAGAUGUUCCAAGAAAGUCGAGAAUCCCGUGGAGGAACUGAGACGGAAGGUAAAACAAAUGUCUGUCGUGUUAGCCAAUGUUGGUGUGUCGUACACCCGCUGGGGAAGGAACUCCUGUAAUUCCUCUUCGGGGGCCGAACUUGUUUAUGCUGGACAAAUGGCUGGAUCGCCUCACCUUCAGACGGGAGGUGGAUCCAAUUUCAUCUGUUUGCCAAUGCAUCCACAGUAUGACAAAUACAGGAGUGGAGCUCAGGCCAACAGUUACCUUUAUGGCUCCGAGUUUCAGACCGAUGGUAAUUACUUCUUACCGUUUGGUGGUCUUUACGACCAGAACCCUACCUGUGCUGUAUGUCACGUGACGGGAAGAUCAUCCCAGAUCAUGAUUCCUGGUCACAUGACCUGUCCGCCAUCAUGGAGUCGGGAAUACCAUGGUUACCUGAUGAGCGCGCACAACGCUCACAAUGGUCGUACGGAGUUUAUCUGUGUUGAUGGCAAUCCUGAUGUGUUGCGUGGUGAGAGUGCCAACACGAAUGGAGCUCUCCUCUACUUUGUUGAGGUCAAUUGCGGCCAUGGAUUGGACUGUCCACCAUUUCACGCGGACGAGGAAUUGACAUGUGUGGUUUGUUCCCGAUAAAAUAAUGAUAAUUAUUAAUAUUGGUAUUUCUCCACGUGCCUAGAAAGUAGACUGUCCUCGCGCAUUUUGUUGAUCUUCUAGCUACAUGUACGUGUACAUGUACAUCAGUACAUGUACACGUACCAGUAUACAUGCACCUGUACAGUAACUGUUGUAGCACAGUGUUCUAACUGUUACUCAAGUAUGUACAUUGUACAUGACAUUGUGUACAGUGCACAUUUCCAGUCACGCUCACGAGUAACAACUAGUUACCUCUCGGUUGUAACCAUAACUCGUGAGUCACAUUGUUCCUCUGAACAUGAUGUCACUAUCUCUGAACAUGAUGUCACUAUCUUCAGAGGAAGUAACCAUGCCAGUUGACCGAAUACACUAACUGUUAGUAGUAUACUUGAACCUGGCGAAUGCGAAUGCGCACUUUUCUCGUGGCCUAUCGAGGAUCGAGGGUCCUAAUUAAUAUUUGCAAGAUUGACUGUUUAUCUGGCGUGGUACUAGCCACUGCCACUGGCUUGUGUCACAGUUGUGCGAACAUACAGUGCAGAAGAAGAAUGCCAUAAUAAUCAUACAUGUACAUGUACAAGGAACUGUAUCAUUGGCAUUCACUGCACUUUUGCGUAGUGGUUUUCUUGUUGGAGCUAGCUUCAUGCAUUCCUACUGCUCGCGACAUACAUACAUGUACAUGUACAUGUACCAUUGCCAACACACUUGUUGAAGUUAGUUGCCUUAUUCUGUUGUGUCCGUGUGUUGCUACAGUAUCUGUAUUUCUGCUCGAAUGAAGUGUUAGCCGCGGUGCCUUUGUAUAACGUUAUUGUAUUAUCCCCAUACCAAGGUGUCCAUGCAGUGUAAGAGCCUAAGAGGUCAACAUGGAAAAGAGAAAACAAUACUUCUUCUAUUCAUUACUUGAUUUCUUUUGUACUUCAGUAAAAAUAUAAUUUCAUUGCCAAAUUAGUUUGAGUUACCUUUGAAAAUUGUCAUGUUCAACUGUCUUCGUAA